AUGAAGGCUCUCAUACAGCGUGUUAUGAAUGCCAAAGUAACCGUUAAUGGUGAAUUAAUCAGCAGCAUAGAGCAAGGGGCUUGUAUAUUAAUAGGUAUUAACAACAAUGACACCAUAAAAGAUAUGGAGUACAUUGUUAGAAAAAUACUAAGCAUAAGAAUAUUUGACGAUGAAAAUAACAAAAGAUGGCAGAAAAGCAUUGUGGAUAAAGAAUUUGAAAUACUGUGUGUCAGUCAAUUCACUCUCUACAAUACAUGGAAGGGCAAUAAACCCGAUUUCCACAGAGCAAUGGGAGCUGAUCAAUCUAAGGAAUUCUAUGAGAAAUUUAUACAAAUGCUAAAAGAUAAAUAUAAGGCUGAAAAAGUGAAAGAUGGUUUGUUUGGUGCUUACAUGCAGGUGUCCAUACAGAACGACGGUCCUGUCACGUUGGAGAUAGAAUCACCUGGACAUAACAAUGAGAAAAUACGCAGUACUCCUGUAGAAAACCAGAAGACCUUGUGUAAUGACGAAGAUAUAAAAAGAUAA